AUGGCUCCUUGCUUGCGCAGUGAUAAAGAGGGUCUCGUCUCCAGGUCGUCGUCUUCGUAUAUCAUCAACCAUCCGAAGAGCCAGGGUAUCAACAUCAAAUAUAUCUUCACCAAUCUUGGGGCUUCGCUAGUCAACGCUGCUGCGAAGCAGUUCAAGGGCACUAAGGGCACUAAGGGCUUGUUGUUUGAUGUCCUGGAUGUGGAGAAACUGCUCAAGCCUCAGUCUCAGGGCGUGUUCCACUACAUUAUUACCACUGACUGGAUCCACGCCACAAGAAACUUGGUGUCACUCUGGCAUGCUCGACAGAUGCUACCGGACGACGGGGCUCUGGCGCUGGUUGAAAUCACCUAG